UUCUUCCAUUUGGAUAAUAAAAAAGAUAAGUAAAAAAGUCGUCCCCUUUCUUCUCUCCUUUAACCCUCCAAACAUUUUUACGUCAUACUUUUCUGUAAUUCAACCUCAAAGGUUUCUUCUUUUUUCCAAUUUCAAGCUUUAAUUAUACCUGAAUUCAAACCCUUUUGUUCAUACUUCUUCUUCAAUUUGAUUGUGUAACCCUACUCAAUCUGCUUAUUGGAGUAGGAUUUUUCAUGGCUUCCACUUCUCCCACGUGUUCACCCACCUCUCUUCAGCUUCGUCUCGCUCUCAAUUGCAACAACUGCGGAAAAUUCCCUUCACUUCUUGUUCGGGCGAGAGUUAGGAAAUUGGAUCCUCGACUCCGCGUCAUUUGUCAUCCUAUUGUUCAUAAUGGCGUCAAAUUUGAUAGAGGAAAUGGACGGCGUGGCACUGGAGUUUGUUUUGCUGGAUCGGAGUCUACGCCUGAUGGGUUCUCUGGGUGGUCGGAGUCGGAUUCCCAAGGGGAGGGUUUGGACUUGCGAAGAAAGAAGUGGUUUGGAGUUUCUUUCAGGAUUCGUGGGGAUUGGAAUUACUGGCUUCAUCCUCGUCUCCGGAAUCACCUUUGCAGCAUGGUCAAUAAACAAGCAGAAUAGUUCCAGACAAAAGCCACAAAUGGAAGCCUUAAGUACGCAGCAAGAAUUAUUGUUGGACUCCGAGACUGGAACUGAUAGGCUUGGUGAAGAUGAAAAGGAAGAUACUAGUGUGGAUGCAGAUGAUGAAACUCUCGCUGGUAAAGCAGGUAAUCAAGAGGACUCUUCUUCAUAUACAGAAAAUGAAGAAACUCUGAACAAAAAUAGAGUUGGUGACGGUGUUGAUGUUGAGGAGUUGGCAGAAAAUCAUGUUGAAUCUUCAUCCAGCAAUAACGAUGUCCAUAAUGUUGCUUCCUUGCAAGAAGAUUUCCAAUCUGAUUCCUCACUAAAUGUUACAUCAGUUGCUCCUGGAAGUUUGAGUUCACUUAUCUCACCUGAAUCUGAGUUUGAUACUAACGUAGCUUCUUGUUUAAAAGAUGUAAACAACUACCAUCCUGGUUUAGAAGUCUCAACUUCUGAACCAGAAAUGAAUAUAUUGAAAGAUGAACCAGACAACUUGCCUAACUCUAAUACUAAUUCAUUAAACCUUAAAACUGAUAUUCGGGAUGAAAGACCUGACACUGGUGAAAAUUAUGAUCUCGGCUCUAAGAAGUUACCAGUUUAUGAUGAUAGUUCAUCAAACUAUAUUUCUGGCAACCAGGAUGAGACACUUGAUCCAGUAGAUGAAAUUACAGAUUCUUCAUUGCAAGGAUUUUCUAGCAUAUCUCGCGACACAGCCAAGGAAUCAGGAUUAUUUGACGGAGAGACUGUGGCUAAAUCAUCUGAAGGAGUUUCGAGCCCCAGCAGAAUUGAACAAUUCUCAUCUGAGGAUAAUGCACCAAGCAUAGAACAGCAUCUAGAAAGUGAAUUAUCUGAAGCAGCAUUAGUCUCUAUCUCAGAUUAUCCACUUGCAGAUGAUCAAGAGAAAAAUCAUGAAACUAUCAUGAAUGGUACUGCUGCCAAACGAGAACUACAAGAGAUUUCAUUUUCUUCUGCAGGUGUUCCUGCUCCUUUGGUUUCUGCUGCUGUUAAAACACAUCCUGGCAAGGUCCUAAUUCCUGCAGUAGUGGAUCAGGUUCAGGGGCAAGCCUUGGCAGCACUGCAAGUUUUAAAGGUGAUUGAAGUUGAUGUUGAACCUAGUGAUCUAUGUACUCGUCGGGAAUAUGCUCGUUGGCUGGUGUCUGCAAGCAGUGCUCUCUCUAGGAACACAACAUCUAAAGUAUACCCAGCAAUGUAUAUAGAGAAUGUUACCGAGCUUGCUUUUGAUGAUAUUACACCCCAAGACCCUGAUUUUGCAUCUAUUCAAGGUUUAGCUGAAGCUGGAAUGAUAUCAAGCAAGCUUUCUAGACAUGAUAUUUCUUCUUCAUUGGACGAAGACCAGGGUCCCUUAUAUUUCUCUCCUGAAAGCCUCCUGUCACGUCAAGAUCUUGUGAGUUGGAAGAUGGCCCUUGAAAAAAGACAGCUGCCAGAGGCAGAUAGAAAGAUGCUCCACCAAGUUUCUGGAUUUAUUGAUACUGAUAAGAUCCAUCCAGAUGCUUGUCCUGCACUUGUUGCUGAUCUUUCUGUAGGAGAACAGGGAAUAAUAGCUCUUGCAUUUGGAUAUACAAGGCUUUUCCAGCCAGAUAAGCCUGUAACAAAAGCACAAGCUGCCAUUGCUCUUGCAACUGGGGAGGCUUCCGAUAUAGUAAGUGAGGAGCUUGCAAGGAUUGAAGCUGAAUCAAUGGCAGAAAAUGCUGUUGCUGCGCAUAGUGCUUUGGUAGCUCAAGUUGAGAAAGAUAUUAAUGCCAGCUUUGAGAAAGAACUUUCCAUUGAAAGAGAGAAGGUUGAGGCUGUGGAGAAAAUGGCAGAAGAGGCAAAGCAAGAAUUGGAAAGAUUAAGAUCAGAAAGAGAGAGAGAAGGUCUUGCGUUGAUGAUGGAACGUGCUUCUAUUGAAUCUGAAAUGGAAGUUCUUUCAAGGUUAAGGAGUGAGUUGGAGGAGCAGUUGCAAGGCCUGAUGAGCAACAAAGUAGAGGUAUCCUAUGAAAAGGAAAGAAUCAACAAACUCAGGAAAGAAGCUGAAAUUGAAAAUCAAGAGAUUUCCCGCCUGCAGUAUGAGCUUGAAGUUGAGAGAAAGGCGCUGUCCAUGGCCAGAGCUUGGGCCGAGGAUGAAGCAAAAAAAGCAAGAGAACAAGCAAAAGCCCUUGAAGAGGCUAGGGAUCGCUGGGAAAAGCGUGGCAUCAAAGUAGUCGUCGACAGUGAUCUCCGUGAACAAGAAUCUGCUGGUGAUACCUGGCUUGAUUCUAGCAAACAGUUCACAGUCGAAGAAACUACAGAACGAGCCGAGAACUUAAUGGAGAAGCUGAAAAGAAUGGCUGCAGAAGUAAGAGGGCAAUCGAGAGAUGUAAUCGAGAAGAUCAUCCAGAAGAUAGCUUUACUGGUAUCAAACUUGAGACAAUGGAUUUCAAAAACUGGAGAACAGGCUGAAGAACUAAAGAAUGGGGCGAUUUCAAGAGCAGAUAGAUCAGCAAAAGAGCUGCAACAGAGCACUGCAGAGUUGAGCUUGGCUAUGAAGGAGGGAGCAAAGAGAGUUGUGGGAGAUUGUAGGGAAGGAGUAGAGAAAUUUACCCAAAAGUUUAGAACAUCUUAUGGUUAAGAAAGGUACCCAAGAGUUUAGAACAUCUUAUGAUUUUGCAGCUGAGUGUGGAUGUAUUGGGAUUCUGAAGAGCACAAUAAAGUUGGCAUCAACUUCUAAAAUUUUGUUAAAGCCACUUUUUAUAAUGGAAAUCUUCAAUCCAUUUCUACCCACUAAAUAAAAGAGAGAAUUGGUUCCAUCUUCUUCA